UUCCACAGCACCUGACCCACCCACCCCAGGGUGUUUGUCCUGAGAGCUGGGAGCAGACGGUUGUGAAGCCAGGGCCAACGGAGGUGAGAGCAACCACCGAGGCACCGACCGGGACAAAAGGAUAGCAGGGCUAGGACGGAGAACAAGGGCACGCUAAACAGCAAACAGGAGGGGAAACCACGCAGCCAGCAGGAGUUGCUUGCAGGAGGAGCAUUGACAUUUAGCCGAAGAUGAGUACAUACACAGUGACUCUGAAUGGCCCCGCUCCAUGGGGCUUCAGACUACAGGGAGGAAAAGACUUCAACAUGCCCCUCACCAUUUCCAGGAUAACUCCGGGCAGCAAGGCAGCGGGAGGCAGCCUGGCCCAGGGUGACAUCAUCUCAGCUAUUGAUGGGGUCAGUACCGAGGGAAUGACACACCUGGAGGCCCAGAACAAGAUCAAGUCUGCCACCACCAGACUCAGCCUCUCAAUGCAGAAAUCAAGACGUCCGGCUCCAGUUCCCACGGCAACUCCAAGGAUGGACUCACCCAUGCCAAUCAUCCCUCACCAGAAGGUUAUCGCAAACACAGCUGCAAAUGUGGAGUACACCCCCAGCUUCAACCCCAUUGCUUUGAAAGACUCAGCCCUGUCCACCCACAAGCCCAUUGAGGUCAGGGGUCCAGGAGGAAAGGCCACUAUCGUUCACGCUCAGUACAACACACCAAUCAGCAUGUACUCACAGGACGCCAUUAUGGACGCCAUCGCAGGGCAAUCACAGGCCAAGGGACAUGACAGUGAGGAGGCAGGCUCCCCCUUGGCUGGGGUUCUGCCCAUCAAGGAGCCUGUGGUAGACUGUGCAUCUCCGGUGUACCAGGCAGUGAUCAGGCCAGGAGAGCCCCAGGACAUGUCUGACUGGGCUCGCCGCGCUGCCAACCUUCAGUCUAAGAGCUUCAGGAUCCUGGCCCACAUCACUGGCACUGAAUACCUGCAAGACCCGGAUGAGGAAGCCCUGCAGAAGUCGAGAGAGAAGUUUGAGUCAGAGGUCAAAGGGCCCCGCUUUGCCAAGCUGAAGAACUGGCACCACGGACUGUCUGCACAGAUCCUCAAUGUCCAGGAAUAAAGUGGAGAGAACAAAGGGGGAGAGAGAGAACGUGUAAAGGACAACAUGGACAAAAGGAGGAAAAAGAGAUAAAUUAUG